AUGUCGGUCUCUCGAUUGAUCAGACCUGCCUCGAGGCUUCUGUCGCAGCGCUCAGCAAUUCCGUCCUCAAUACGCCCAUCUCUCCGCCGAGUCGCGCCAGUCUCUGUACCUGUGAUCAGAGGAUAUGCUUCGGAGGCGAAGCAAACGUUCACGGUUCGAGAUGCUCUGCACGAGGCUCUCUCCGAAGAGCUUGAAGCCAACGAGAAGGUGUUCAUCUUGGGAGAAGAGGUUGCUCAAUACAAUGGCGCAUACAAGGUCACGAAGGGACUUCUGGAUCGUUUCGGACCCAAGAGAGUGAUUGAUACCCCUAUCACCGAGUCAGGCUUCUGCGGGUUGGCCGUCGGUGCGGCAUUGGCUGGUCUGAAUCCUGUUUGCGAGUUUAUGACGUGGAACUUUGCUAUGCAGGCAAUCGAUCAAAUCAUCAACUCGGCAGCAAAAACACAUUAUAUGUCUGGCGGUAUUCAGCCAUGCCCAAUCGUCUUCCGAGGUCCCAACGGUUUCGCUGCCGGUGUUGCAGCCCAGCACUCGCAAGACUACUCAGCCUGGUACGGAAGUAUCCCAGGCUUGAAGGUGGUCGCGCCCUACAGCGCGGAGGACGCCAAAGGUCUCCUGAAAGCUGCUAUUCGCGACCCCAACCCGGUGGUGGUAUUGGAGAAUGAGCUGCUUUAUGGCCAAGCAUUCCCCAUGAGUGCGGAGGCGCAGAGGAACGAUUUCGUCAUUCCCUUCGGCAAGGCCAAGAUUGAACGACCAGGAAAGGAUUUGACCAUCGUCACACUCUCUCGCUGUGUCGGUCUGUCGCUCGAUGCUGCCGAACAGCUGAAAAAGAAAUACGGCGUGGAGGCCGAGGUGAUCAAUCUGCGCUCGAUCAAGCCCAUGGACGUGGAGGCCAUCAUCAAGUCAGUCAAGAAGACCGGUCAUCUCCUGGCGGUGGAGUCGGGAUUCCCAUCCUUCGGGGUCUCGUCAGAGAUUCUUGCCUUGGGUUGCGAAUAUGCUUUCGACUAUUUCCAGGCUCCUCCCGCGCGUGUGACUGGUGCUGAGGUGCCCACACCGUACGCCGCGAAGCUGGAAGAGAUGGCCUUCCCUCAAGUGGAAACCAUCACCAACUACGCAGCGAAGCUACUGAGAGUGUAG